CACCCUGCACACCCGUAAGAUUAGAGAUGCCCGCUCGCUGCACCAAUGAAGCAAUCUGCUUGCAUGCCAUGGAAAUACUUGAUAGCACAAUGAUGCUGCAGUCUCAACAGCAGCGCAAUGAACUCUCGCAGCACUGUGCUGUGCGAUUCUCUUUGGUGAUAACAGAAUUGCUUGAGAGUCGAGAGAUCAACUGGGAGGAGGUGAGUUUAGAGAGGAGUUGGGUUGAGAUUGUGGCAGUGGCCAUGGAUGUGGAGUUCGUUGAUGGUCAGAGCUCGUGUGAUGCUCUGCUUCCUUUUUUUUGUCUUGGAAGUUUUGGUUCUGUACCGGUGCCGUCUUGGAAGUUUUGCUUCCUGUUGUUUGUUGGGCCUAUUUGACGAUAUCAAGUAAUUUGGCCUGGUUAGGCCCAAUUACUGAUGCGCAUGAGGGAACAUGGCGUAAGUAACCAGCGAACGCAAAUCCAAUAGAGACCGUGUCAGUUCGAACACGACGAGCACCACGAUCUCUAUGGAUUGUAUUCAUCGUAGGGAAUAGCUGUAACUAUUAGAUAUAUGAUCUAAAACAAAGAGAACACAAGUCCGUACGUAUGUUUAUCUUACCAAUUAAAGUCCUAGAUUAUCGGCCUCUCCUAAAUUUGGAUGCCUUCAUACAAGGCAAACCUCUUCAUCUCCUUAACAAAAGGCUCCCUCUUUCCCCUCCCAUUCCUUCUAAAACCAAGGAACAAAAUCACAAAAUCUAAGGAUGAAAUUGCACAAAGAGAGCCCGAACACGAUGGCUAGUAUGCCCUUGGUCCUCACCUUCUCCCUCUUUCUCUUCAUCCCAUCGACAUGUGCUAGUGUAAUAUGUGAGGAUUUGCCACAAGAUCAAUGUGCAUUUGCCGUCUCCUUGUCGUCAAAAAGAUGCGUCUUGGAGAGCUAUCGACGUGAUGACGGACGAACGGAGUACAAAUGUCAGACGUCAGAGAUUGGCGUCGGGAGAAUCUUCGAUCAUGUUGAGAGUGACCAGUGUAUAAGAGAUUGUGGAGUUGAAAGGAAUUCGGUGGGAAUUUCAUCCGAUGCGCUGCUUGAGCCUCAGUUCCUGGAUAGAUUAUGCUCCCCGGAGUGCUUUCAGCAUUGCGCUAAUAUUAUUGAUCUCUAUUAUAAUCUUGCAGCUGGUGAAGGAAUACAACUUCCAGACCUCUGCCAUGUUCGUUGGUCGGACCCUAAUCAGGCAAUGACUCAGCUUCGGAGCUCCGGCGCUGCACCUGGCCCAUUUCCUAGCCCAAAGCCUAGUCCAUCUAUUGCUCCUGCUCGUGCUCUAGUUGCUGGCCCAACGUUCACCCCAUCGCCUACCUUUUCUGUUCCUGCUCACGAUCCAGUCAACAGCCCAGGGCCCACCUCAAGAAGAAGUUUACGAGACCGUAUAUAGGGGAUCCAGUCAACAACCCAGGGCCCACCUCAA